AGCGGGCGGCGGUGGAGCCGGUGCCCGCCGGCCCUGCACCAUGUCCGGCCCGCUGGAGCGCUGCGAGCGCGAGUGGCACGAGCUGGACGCCGAGUUCCAGGAGCUGCAGGAGACGCACCGGAUCUACAAGCAGAAGCUGGAGGAGCUGACGGCACUCCAGACCCUGUGCAGCAGCUCCAUUCACAAGCAGAAGUCGCGGCUCAAGGACCUGAAGCGCUCGCUGCAGAGGUACAAGCGCCAUGCCAGCCGGGAGGAGGCCGAGCUGGUCCAGCAGAUGGGUACGGGCAUCAAGGAGCGGCAGAACGUCUUCUUUGACAUGGAGGCCUAUCUGCCCAAGAAGAAUGGGCUCUACUUAAAUCUUGUCCUCGGCAAUGUGAACGUGACUCUUCUCAGCAACCAGGCCAAAUUUGCUUACAAGGACGAGUAUGAGAAGUUCAAGCUUUACCUGACCAUCAUCCUCCUGCUGGGCGCCGUGGCCUGUCGAUUUGUCCUUCACUACAGGGUGACAGAUGAAAUCUUCAACUUCCUGCUGGUGUGGUACUACUGCACUCUGACCAUCCGAGAGAGCAUCCUUAUCAGCAAUGGCUCCAGGAUCAAAGGUUGGUGGGUGUCCCACCACUACGUGUCCACCUUCUUGUCGGGCGUGAUGCUGACCUGGCCCAACGGACUCAUUUAUCAGAAGUUUCGCAACCAGUUUCUUGCUUUUUCCAUUUUUCAGAGCUGUGUCCAAUUCCUUCAGUACUAUUACCAGCGGGGCUGUCUCUACCGCCUUCGAGCCCUGGGUGAAAGGAAUCACUUGGACCUCACUGUGGAAGGGUUCCAGUCGUGGAUGUGGCGGGGCCUCACCUUUCUCCUCCCGUUCCUUUUCUGUGGCCACUUCUGGCAGCUCUACAACGCCGUCACCUUGUUCGAACUCUCGAGCCACGAGGAGUGCAGAGAAUGGCAGGUGUUCGUGCUGGCGCUCACCUUCCUCAUCCUCUUUCUCGGCAAUUUCCUCACCACACUGAGAGUCGUGCACACUAAGCUCCAGAAGAAUAAAGGCAAAGUCAAGACAUCCUGAGCCCUCCUGGGGGCCCAGCCCUGAGGCUGCAGGGGCCCCCCACUUCCUAUUUAUGAUGCCCCCUCCCUGCC